UCGUUAUCGUCACGGUCACGCUGUUUAUCAUCCCUAUUGUUUACUUUUCUAACAAAAAAAACUUUAAAAACAAAUGCAAGGAUGGCAGACAGGCUGACGCAGCUGCAGGACACCGUAAACCAACAAGCCGAGCAUUAUUGCAACGCUAUAGGUUGCAUUCAGCAGACUUCUUAUCCCAGUAAAUUCGCCAAUUUCGACCGCACCGGAUCUCAAACGCCGAACCCAAGUCAACCGCAGGAGGACUAUGCUCAGCUAUUCGCACAGCUAAUUGCACGAUGCGCCAAAGAUAUUGACACACUGAUUGAGUCCCUGCCAAACGAAGACAGCUCGAUUGAGCUCCAAAACUCGAGUCUCAAGCGGCUAGAAAUGGAAAAUCAAGAGACCGCACUGGAUCUAGAAGAAGUUGUUCAAAAAGGCGAGCUGUUGCUUGAGAAAAUUCAGUCUGCGCUGGAAAACAUCGCUCAAGCCCAGUUGGAUAUGCAAAUAACAGUUUAACUAAUUCAAAUAAAAGCACAACAGAUA